UCGACUAAUACUGACAACAGGUGGAUAUGACAACAAUAAAGCAGUUGAAAGAAAGUGAUCUAAAAGAUUUCACCACCCCGAUGGUACUGUCCUUUUGAUUUUUUUAUCUAUCUACAACAACUAGUGAUCUGUUCUUUAAGCAUAUUUCUUAAACUUUUGGUACCAUUCCAUUGAUUGAAUGCAGGGUCCAAGGAAGAAGAUUCUUCAGGCGAUAGGAUGUCUUCCAAGACAGUAGCUAUGAAAAACGGGUUUGGUGGUCUCUCGCUGAUUCUCACUCUUUUGGUCUUUGUUGGCCUUUUUCAGUCACAGACGUCUGUGAAGAAGAGUCCUAUGAUGCCUCCGAUUUUUCCUGGACGCAGCAUCAAGGUCUGGAAAGCUUUCCGAUACUCAACAAAAAUAGGAUUUAAGAUAGCCUUUUCCAUCAGUCCUUUAUUGUAAAAUGAUUCCUUGGUCAUAUGGCUAGUGUCGAAGCAUAGUCACGAACCAUCAAAAUUUUAAAGAUUUUGUAGUUCUUCUUCUAAACAAAACAAAAAAGUCAUCACAUUGAACUAUAUUUGAUAUGUCCCUCUAAUUCACCGGUGACCAAUGAUUUUAGUUAUUUUCCUCAAAAGUACUUGCUAAAAAUAUAGUUCUGGUUAGCAUAUGUAAUGCAACACACAUAAAUAAUCAAUUUCCUUCUCUUCGAUCAAAUAAUCAACAAUCGGUGUUUAAACGCCACAAUAUUAAUCUCAAAAGCACAAUAACAUAAUAUGUCAAUAAAUCUUCACCUUGUGGCGAUGGUUCUCUUCUUCUGUGUGGUGAGCAAAAGCGUCGUAGUGAUGGCUCGACCAAUGAACUCAGGCGGGCGUGAUCCAUGCUCCGUGUCAGACUUCAAGGUGUUGUGCAGAUCAGUCGUAAAAGGUCAAAAGAAUGUUAACGCAGCGACGGAAGUUUCCAUAAGGGAGUUGAUGAAAAGAACGAUAAAGGCUAAAAAAGUCGCUGCUAGUGGCCGGAAAAGUGGUGGAGGACUCAAGACUUGUUACUCAAACUAUGAUAGUGCGCUUGGUAAUCUACAAAAGGCGUUGAAAGACCUUAAAAAGAAUGAUGGAUUUAGCCUUAACAUCAAUCUUAGUGCAUCUUUAACGGAUUUUGAUACAUGCAACGACGCCAUGGGCGGUGCUAAGGCGUCGAAUAUCUUCGCUAGAUCUACAAAAACUUUGCAUGAAAUGGCUGAUAAUUGUUUAGCGCUCUCUACUCUUGUUAAGCAAUGA